CUUCGCUCAGUGCUAAUGAAAAAUCGAAUUUUUUCUCAAAUCGGCUGAAGUUUAAACGGGCCAAGAAUCACAGAAGUUACACUCAAGCGGUUACACAACAUGCUAUAAGUAAAUUACCCACGUAGACAACACUGAGUUUAUAGAAGAUAGUUGCCAGAUCCCAUGCUUGCUGAGGACGAAACUGAAACUGAUGAUGAGGAUUCUUUCCCACACAGAAAGUAGCAUCGAAAGGAUCGAACUACUGUGCUACUCGAGAAGCCUCGGGGGCAUCUAGAGAAGUCAAGUCAAUUAGAACGCCAGAAAGCCUUUUACAUUAAUUAAGAGAGGAGAAGGAAAUUAUUGUAAGAUUUACCUAUCCAGCUAUUGGAGUAUUCAGAACAUAAGCAUUAAAAUGACGGUGGAUUUUAACGACUAUUUUUGGGGCGAGAAAAACAAUGGUUAUGAUGUCUUGUACCACAACAUGAAGUUUGGCCUGGUGGCCAGCAAGGAGUUGUCAGAGUUUCUGCGCGAAAAGUCCAACAUUGAGGAGCAGAACUCGAAGAUGAUGUCCAAGCUGGCCCACAAGGCGGGUACACUGAAUAGUACAUUCGCCCCGGUUUGGACUAUUUUGCGAACCUCGGCGGAGAAACUCUCGACCCUUCACCUGCAGAUGGUGCAAAAGCUGACCGAGCUGGUCAAGGAUGUGGCCAAAUACGCCGACGAGCUGCACAAGAAGCACAAGUCUGUCAAGGAGGAGGAGUCGCAGACCCUCGAGUGUGUUCAGGCCAUCCAAACGUCGACGGUGGCAGUGCAGAAGUUGCGCGAUCUCUACGCUAGCAAGGUGCAGGAGUUGGAAAAGUUGCGCAAGGACAACGGCUCCCAUAAGGAUGCCGAGAAGCUAGAGAGCAAGCUGAAAAAACUGCAGGAGGAGUACAAGGCCUUGUUGGACAAACACAAUCCCAUUAAGAACGAGUUCGAGAGGCGCAUGACUCAGACCUGCAAGCGCUUUCAAGAGAUUGAGGAGGUGCAUCUGCGCCAAAUGAAGGAGUUCCUUUCUACCUAUUUAGAAAUGCUGCAGAACAAUCACGACAUGGUGGGUCAAGUACAUUCCGAUUUUAAAAGGCAGUUUGUCGACAUGUCAGUGGACAAACUCUUGGAACAGUUUGUGCUCAACAAGUACACGGGUCUGGAGAAACCAGAAAUGCCUGAGCUGGAGUAUGUGGCCUUGUCGAGUGGCUCUCGGCUCCAAACGCCUCAGGUCUCUGGUGGCGCAUUCAACACGAACUCGGCGAGCAGCAUUCAGGCAGCUCUGCGGGCUGGAAAUGCGGCGACCUCAGCCUCGGGCAGUGUGGUGUCCAUGGAUCAGCGGGGCGAUGCCUUGGCGGCGAUCUCUGUGGGCAGCGGAAGUGCGGCCAGCGGCAGUAUUCCCUAUGCCGAGGAUCCGAUACUGGGAACCAUGGGCUCGCCACGUCCCACAUCGCCAGACAUGCUGGCCGGGGCAAAUGCCGCGGCGGGUCAGCCGGGUGGUGGAACCACGUCCACGGUGAAGAGCCUGCGCUCCUGGUUUUUGCCCACCGCCAAACAACAACAACAGCCGACAGCGAGCGCGGGAAAUUUCGGUAUGAGCGGAAGCACCACCACCAACAAUACCACCAUCACGACAGCAACAACAACAAGCAACAGUAGCAACAACUUGAACACCAACAACACAACAGCAACAACAACAACAACAACUGGCACGAAUAAUCUCACCACCAAUGUCACCAAAAAUUCCCCCAAUUCAGAGGAUACUAGCAAUCAAGAUCAGGCAGCACAGCAGCAUCCGGCAGAGGCCCUAACACCAACCGCAAGUGCCACUGCAAUUGCAACGAGUGCGAGUGCGACUGGCAAAAAGCAAUUGAACGCAACGACAAGCGAGCAUCAGCUAUCGAAAUCAUUAAAUGAGCAAGAUCAUCUACAACAGACUGCAGCGGCCACGGCAGCAACAUCUGCGGCAGCAACCACCGCCACAACGACAACGUCCAGACGUGCAACGUCACUUUUAAAUAUAUUCACAUCAAACUCUCAGGUCUCUGGCAUUUUACGAAGUCGCCGCGAUAAGACGAAAACCAAAAAGGCUAAGAAAAAGAAAGACAACGAGGCCGCCGAGCACAUUCAAGAGGAACGACUUAAUAGUGUGGAGCGAGCCAACAACACGCUGCUGGACUAUGACGAUCAUGGGCGCAGCAUGAAGACGCAGAACUCCAGUGGUAGCAGUGCAGGAGGUGGCUUGGCCGCCUUGUCGGCCACUUCGGCACAGGGCAGCGUGGAUUCAGCCGGUGCCAGUAGCAUGGGUGGCAGCGGAGGAGCCGCCGGUGCCAGUGGCAGUUUGCCCAAUGCAGGUGUGCUCACCAACUCGGCUCCAGCCACAGCUCCGAACACCUCUAGUGGCACUGGAACGGGCUAUGAGGUGGACGAGGAGGGAUUCAGCAUACAGCCGGCCAAGGAAAUUGCUUGGGAGGAAGGCCAGGAUAAAUCUGGCAGUUUCUACUCCGACUCGGAUACGGAUUCAGAUAACGACAAGCAGGAGCGCCGGAUCCAUGUGAGCAUCAAGCCGCUGAAGAACGGCCAAGCGCCAAUGUCGGCCAGCGUGGACGAGCUGCGUGCCACUGUGGAGAACAUUUCACUUUCACCAACUGGCGUAUUUUCACAUCACAGCCAGCAGUUGCAGGCAGCCAGAGGAGCCCCGGCGUCGCGUCAGCAAUCCCCAGAGAUAUCGAACGCAUCCACGCCCACGGCGAGUGUGCAUCCUUAUGCUCCGCUGCAGAGCCCCACGCUGUCCAACAAUAACAACGCCAACAAUACGAAUAAUAGUCGAUAUGCGGAUCUGGGGGACAUCUUUUCGGAGCUGGGAGACAUGAGCAUGUCGGCGCCCUCGUCGGCGACAUUGGGCAAACCGCCCGGAAGACAGAUACCAACGCCGACAUCGGCGUCCACUGGUGGAAGUAUAGCCAUACCGCGUCCGCCAUCCCGGCGCUCGGAUAUGAUAGCCAUUGGACCGGCGGCAACAGCGGGAACAGCGCCGGGACGCGGACGAAUGUCUCCAGCACCAGUGACGGCAAUGAAUCGAGCCGAGAGCAUCGGCAGCCUGGAGUUCCGCACGGCCAUCGGGGGAGUGGGCUCCUCGCGAGGUCCCUCGCCUUUAACUAUCGGUAUUUCGGACACCAUACCGCUGGCGGUCGCAUUCCACGAGAUCAUACACGCUUAUUUCCGGGGCAGUGACGAGUCGCGCUGCCAGGUGAAGGUGUCCGGUGAUAUGAUGCUAUCAUUCCCAGCCGGCAUUGCCGGCCUGUUAGCCAAUAAUCCAAAUCCAGCCAAGCUGGGUUUUCGCAUUAAGCACGUUCAGAAUCUGGAGAACCUGGUGCCCAACGGAAAGCUGGUGCAAAUAGAUCGUCAGCAGUCCAGCACUGUUAGCACUAUGCUGGAGUUCAACAUGGGUGCUUUGACGGCCCUCCUGCGAAGACAGGCGGAUAAUAACCCGACAGCCUCCUACUUCAACGUGGACAUACUCAAAUAUCAGGUGCGCACCAAGCCGGGAGCCAGCUCGUGUCCCUUCCAGCUGGUUAGCUACUGGAAGUGCGAGUCCAGCUACACAGCCCUCAAAGUGGACUACAAGUACAAUAACCAUGCCAUGGCCAAUGCCUCGCCUCUGCUGAAUGUCACGCUCUCGGUGCCCGUCAACGGAUCUGUGCGCAAUGUGCAGUCCAAGCCGCAUUCCGCAUGGUUGGGUGAAUCGAAUCGCUUGGUGUGGAACUUUACGGACAUCUCGCAGAACUCUCAGGACGGCGGAGUGGGCACUUUGCGUGCUCGCCUGGAGCUCAACGAUGGUCCUUCAACACCGGCGCUCCUAGCCACUCAGUUCAACUGCGAGGGCACCACACUUUCGGGCAUCGAAUUCGAGCUCCAGGGUAGCGGCUAUCGCUUAUCGUUGGUCAAACGGAGAUUCGUUUCCGGAAAAUAUGUGUGCGAGGGCGAUGGUAUCCGUAGUGGUGCCACACCGACUCCUCCAUCAGUGGGUUCUACCAGUCCGUAUUCGGCGAAGUCAAAUUAGUUGCUCCGCUUAUUCGAUAGACGGCAAGUGUGGGAACGGAAAAUGGCAAUAUGGCAAUAGGCUCGUGAAAAACUAGAAAAAUUUUUGUAACUAAUCGUAAAUAUGAGACAAACACACAUACAUCUAAAACAUAUUUAAUUAGGCACAGGAAUAGCGAGCAUAAGUUCUCUCUGAGCUUUUUAUUAUCAAUCCUAUCUUCAUUUCAAAUUUUGGUAAAGUUGAGCGGAAUUGCAAAUUUAUACAAAUUGAAGAAAUCAACUAUUCGAAGACGAAAUGUUUUAAAAUCUAUAAAUUCGAAUAAUUGAAUUUUUGCAUUCCACGAAAUGGAAUCGAAACGGUGUUGAAAAUAGGACCUAUUAUGUAUUUUUGUACACUAAAUUUCUGUUUUUCACGCGAAAUGUUGAAUCUGCCUGCUGGGUGUCCGAAAAUGGUUUUCGGCUCUGCGAAAUCUGGAUGUAUUAUUUGUUAUAUAUACGUACCCGAGUAUAUAUUAUUAAAUUGUAUUUAUUAUGUUUAACUGAAUAUAAUGUAAACGAACGAUAUUGUAUGUAGCUAUGUAGAUAUCUAAAAAAUCCACACACCGAACGUUGAUUUUAUGUUCGUUUUUGUACACACAACCAAAUCCAAAUGUAUUAAAUGUAAGAUACAAAACCUG